CAAUUCCCUUCACAUCCACUAUACAAUUUGAUCUUUGGCUUAUACCACCUGCUUUUUGUGCACCCAGCGUUUAUUCUCACCAUGCCCCACCACCACAGUCUGCCUACUUCUUCAGCAGACUUCGGCGACUUCAAUUCCGCUCCCGCUUCCUCCAUCCAAACAUCUUCUUUAUCUCAAGACGAUCUUCUGGGUUCUUAUGACGAAACUAUAAGACACUCUCCUUCAGUGAAGUCCCACCCUUCCCCUGACCCGAGAGCGUCCAAUUUGGACCUCUUGUUUCUUGACCACAAUGCGGAAGAGCAUAGACGACCAGAGCCCACAUAUUCGCCACGAUCUCGCCCUACGGGGGUACUUCCAGAAUCCGUACCACAUGCUCGCUCUCCCCGUCGCCUCUCCACAUUUUCUUCUUCCACUAGUCCGACUUCACCGCCUUCUAUCACAGAUGCCGGAUGCGACAUCAUAUUUCACCCAUUCUAUGAUCACAUGGAUGUCAACGCCACACGAGCUAUGCAAAAAAUGCAAGGUCAUGGCGAACGCGGGGCUUCCAAACGUAGCGACAAGAUGCAACUAAGGGGACAAGCUAGCCAUUCACGCAUCGCACCUUCUUCGAGUCCGCCGCAUUCUAGACUCCUCGACACACUGGCAACGACGACAAAGCUGGCUUCAAAAUGGCGCUCGGUUAUUACCCAUCCCACCUCUCCUAACACCGCAGAUCAGACACACAAUGGCCAGCCAAAGCCACAAAUACGUCAUGCAGAAACUUCUCCAAUGGAUAUAACUCAUGACACCCCGUUUGCCUCUGCGGAGCAAAUUGCUGGGAGCUACAUACCACCUACAGGGGCACCUGGGUUUACACAGGCUUCUGUACUCGGAAUGAAGCAUCAUGGUGAUGGGCCAUUUGAACCUUUAACCUUGAUUGGUCGUAAGGAUAGCACAAGUAAUGUUUUAACUCCUGAAGACGCAAUUGGUUUAAAAGCCUGUCUUCCACCUCGUCAGCGACUUACAAACCAGUGGACAUUGCUGUUCUCUUUGGAUCAGCAUGGUGCAUCCUUAUCUACUUUGUACCGGUUGAUCGACAUAUACUCAGUUAGUCAUCAAUCAUCUGGUAACAUACUAGUGAUUCGUGAUGGUCAUGGGAAUCGCUUUGGAACAUAUAUGAAUGAGCCCAUAGUGAAGCGAGAGGGAACCUAUUAUGGAAGUGGUGAAUCUUUUCUUUUUAAGCUGACCCAUAGCUGCCAAACAAUACCUUAUCGAUGGACUGGCAAGAACAAAUAUUUUGCAUUAUGUGAAGCUGGCUUCAUGUCUUUUGGAGGCGGUGCUGGAGCCUAUGGUCUUAUCCUUGAUUCUACAUUCACCCACAAUUCAUCUGCCACCUGUCCUGCUUACAACAAUGAUAUCCUCUGUGAGCUUGAACCUUUGAAGUCCCAACAUGCCCAGUCAUUCCAAUGUCUGGGCUUGGAGGUCUGGAGUACAUUAUGAUUGGGAAGCUGGGAAAUAUAAAUGUCAAAAUGUGUAUAUGCUGCAGUGGGUUGUGGUGUAAAUCACCUGGAACCAUCUCCUAACCCUGGUGAAUUUACUCUUCAACCUUGCAUGUAAUUUAUCUCAUCAGUUCAAGACAUUUGUCCAUUUAAUUCACCAUUGCUAGGCCCACCACUAUCAGCCAAUAUCGUUAACCUCUUGUCUUUUGGAGCAACAGUUCACCUUGCUUGAUCGAUUUUUUUUUACAUGCAGUAGUCUACAAGUGCUAUAGGAUGUGUAUAUAUACCUUGCUCAUGCAGCAAUGACAUAAUAUCCAAC